ACAUCACAAGUCGCUGACAGUAACAUCUACUGUAUAUCAGUGUUUCCUCUGUGUCACUACAAUACAGAUACAGGAAGCCGGCAGCUAGGGAGUAUUGUACGAUAGGACCCUCUCCAGCCCAGUCUGCCUUAUCUUCAUGGAGCAGGGUAUUAAGAACCUAUUUUUAAGUUGAUGGAAAAUAAGCAGAAAUGCAGAAUAACUUCUGCUGUGUCAGCACUGCACGCUGCCAUAUCCUUUCUACAUGAAGUGUGAGAAGUUCAGUAUGCAACUCUGGCAGGCGCACAUUAUCCUGAAACUACUAAUACUUACAUACAGACAUAUGGUUAUGGCAGAUAUCUCAUCUGUUUGUGCUGGAAACAAUACGGUUCUAGAUUGUAAACACCAACCAGGAGACAAGUUACUUAUGGUUACAUGGAAGCUCCACCGCCUGGAUCGCUCUCACUGUUAUAUGUCCGUCAUCAGAGAAGAGAACCAAACAUACAACAACUGCAGCAAUCGGAUGCGUCUGAAGUUGGGUGGAAACCGGGUGUCUCUCAGGAUAGACAACAGCACCAUCUCCGAUGAGGGAAAUUACACCUGUGAGAUUGUAAACCAGACAGGAACGUAUAGCAGCACAGUUACGCUACAAGUAUUAGCUGAACCUUUGGUAUUAAUAACGCUAAGCCAGUCCGGGUCUCUAGAGUGCCGAGCUAUUGGUGGGAAUCCAGCUGCAGGUAUCUCAUGGACCUCCGAGUCCUACAAUGAUAUAAAAAGUAGGAAUUACACAGAGGGAAACAGAACCACUACAGUGAUCAGCACCUACAGACCAAGAGACGGGAAUGUGACAGAAGCCACCUGUGUCGUCUCCCACCCAACGUUUACGGAUCCUGUCAGAAGAACCAUAACCAUUCCUGUUGUGGAUUGGGAAAAUCAAGCUAAUAAUUCAAAGAAAGGAUUUCAAAAAGGAGAAUAUAAUAUUUGGUGGGUGUCUGCGCCAAUCCUCAUCCUUGUAUUCGCUAUAGUGAUAAUUAUGUCCUGGCAACAUACAAGACUCAGGCCUUGUCUAGGUAUGGAAAAGGACAACACCGAAGACGUGCAAGAAAAUCCCAAUGUGAUUAUAGAAGAGGUGGAGCCGUACGCAAGUUUCACCCAAAAAGUGAAUACAAUUUAUAAUUCUACAAACGAACUCUCAGAUGAGAAAAAGUGGACAUCAGACAACUGGACUCAGAAGGACUAUUGCUGAGGUCCCCGCGUGUCACCUGUACAUAGUGUUCUAAUAUCUAAAUUAUUUGUGUUGUUUAUUGUAUCUAUCUAUCUAUCUAUCUAUCUAUCUAUCUAUCUAUCUAUCUAUCUAUCUAUGUGUAUAUAUAUAUAUAUAUAUAUAUAUAGCUAUAUAUAUAGCCUCACUCACUCACUCACUCACUGAUUUGACUGACUCAUCACUAAUUCUCUUACUUCCCGAUAUGUUAGGAAGCUGAAAUGUAACAUAGGUAUCUUCAGGUGGGAAAUAGGAAAACUACACAAUUAGAAUUUUACUAAACCUCCCCUAAGGGAAUGAAAAGGGGGGUUGACAUAAUGACGACAUUACCGAUGCAUGGCUUGCGUUGCGGGAAUGAUAACGCCCAAACGGAUCAACAUUUGGAUUGCACCUCCAGUAUGUAGAAUGUAAUAAACAACAAAAAUGGUCCUGUUACUUUUUACCGUAUCUGCUACCACCAAGAACCAUGGAUUCAUAUUCACUUACAUUAAGACGCCUCAAAUUUACAACUCUAUACUGUAGAUUUACCAAAUUAUUAACACUCAUUUAUAUGUACAACCAUGAAUAUCAGAAACUCCCGUGCGAAGAACGAGUGGAACAGCUAAUAUAUAUAUAACAGUCCAGACCCGACACUCCAACAGAGCAGCUGAACCCCAAAUCCAAUAGCUUGCUUGUGUGCACUCCUGGGGUAUGGCAACCCCCUGUAUAUGUGGAAGAACGAGGCGGCACUCCAAGACUUAUGAAUAAAUACAUUUUAGUGCACACUACAAAGUGCAGGCAUUACUAAAUACUUAUACUUUAAUAUAAUUACU